GAAAUUCCUAAUACCAGCUUGGGCCAGCCAGUCUCUCAGUUUAUUGGUUUGUCUACCGAUAAGAAUCCCCUUACAUUCCUAAAGACAGAAAAUCAUUGGCCUACUUCAUCUGACUUCUGCAAUUAUUGCCAGAAUCUCCCAUUAGAUCUCUUCACUUCCCCUUAUUUAUAAGCUCUAUUAAUGGGGAAGACUCUGAUUCCUUAAAAGUUUUGACUUCAUUAGCACCUGGGUCUGCUGCUCCCAUCAAGAUCAAUCAUUUCUUGGAAUAAUCUCGAUUUUUGCUGUUUAUAUUCUCAUCGUGUCAUUGAAGAUGGCAAUAGCAUUUUAGGAAUCAGAUGGGUAGAAUAGAGUUCUUGGUGAAAUCUAGAUUUUUGUGUUUCUUCUUGUUCAAUUCGUCAUCAUUUGCAUAUUGUUCUGUAAUUUAUAACAUAACUACAAUCAGAGCUGUCUCACCAGAACAAACUCUCAACUCUCCACGUCAAAUUUUUGAGUUAGGUUUCUUUACUCCCAAUAAUAAUUCCCAUAAUCAAAAUGUGGGAAUAUGGUUCAAGGAAGUUUCUCCUCAGACUGUGAUUUGGGUGGCAAACAGAGAGAUGCCAGUUACAAACUCAUCGGCGAGUCUCACGAUUGGCAGCGAUGGGAAUCUGUGGCUUCUGGAUGGGGAGCGGAACUCUAUCUGGUCGACUAAUAUUUCUGGCCAAUCGAAUGAUUCAAUUGCUGUACUUUCGGAUGACGGAAAGUUCAUUUUGAGGAACAGUAUAACAGGAGAGGAUCUAUGGGAUAGCUAUCAGCUUCAUAGCAAUUCUCUCUUGCCAGGCACUUGGUUGGCCUACAAUGAGACAACUGGGGUGAGACAUACUCUCACUUCCUGGAAAAGCGACAACGAUCCAUCUAUUGGGGAUUUUACUUUUGGUGUAAUUGAGGGGGUGGGGUACGUUCAGCAGAGUGCUGUGGGACUGAUGGGACAGGUUGGGCUUCUGGUUGUGCAAGGGUCUGGGCCACGCUGGGGCCAAGGAAAUUUUGAUACCUGGGAUGCUACUGAUGUUUGCUUUUUGCUGGAAGAGGGUGAUUUGGCUUGUGUAGAGGCUGAAGUUUUUGGAUUUUUUGGUGGAGGUUUUGACAUUGGGGUGGUGGGUGGUUCUUUACGCUUUGAGAGAGGAGGCACAGAAGCAAUGGGUCGCAUAGAUUUCGACCUAAUUUUCCGCUUGUAG